GACAGGUAUAGGCGAUCGAGACAGGAGUAGGAUGGCAAGCAGAUCGAAAGAGACACCCUUUGAAAGAAGAGAACGAUUGAACCUCGAGAAAGCCAUCGCAUUAAGUAAAAACAGCAACAUGACAAGUCAAAUCGAAUCGGAUUCCCUCUAUGGUACCAAUCCACCCAAGGAGAUAUCACGCUCUCCACAUUUCAUCCCAAACAGUCAGAGUGACGAAGAGAUCAUCCAGGAUUUUACCCUCAGAGAUUCUACAGCACCCUCAAAACCCUCUCCACCUACUACCGUCAUCUUGCCCGUACAAUCUUCCUCAAUGGAUCCUGGUCUGCCAGCUGAAUCUAGAGCACCCGGCUGGUCAAUGGACAAGUUUCACGAUCCCAGUUCAUCCACUGCCCAUCAAUCCACUCACCUAGUAAAACCCAAGCAACUCAGCCAUUCAUCAUCAUCAUCAUCUACUAGCCACACACCACAGCCCCACAUCCUAGUAGCCCCAUCCAGCGCAUCUACCAGUAAUAAAUCAUCUGCCACUCGUCCCAAACCUCGUCCACCUCGUCUAGGCGCUGCCUCAAUCGAACAAGCUCGUGAGCGGCUCAAGUUGUCAGAAUCCACCGACUCCUCUACCAAUCCAACCUCAAGCUCAGCAAUCGAUCAAUCUAUAAAAGACCCUUUCCAUCCAACUCGCCUCAAAUCUAAACCUCCGCUCGUACUUCCACCCUCUCAAAUCACAUCACAAGACGUACCUGAACAAAUCCCUGCAAUUCAACAGCCUCAGACCACAUCUGAUAGACUGAUACUUCCUCAGUCUCCCGAAAUCACAAUCUCGCCAAAUCACGAGCCAUUCAGCCGACACGAGCAAGCCGAAACACAGGCCCAAUCCUCCAAGAAAAAAAGAAAGCCUAAAACCCAAGACAACCCCGAACCCAAACCACCACGGGGAUCCGAAAAGGCUAAGGCGGACGGGGAUGGAAAGCGAGUCAGAAAACAAUCUGCUGCUGGGAAAGCUUCUGCGAAAUCCCUACAGAUCCUUCUAAAUCUAUCUCAGUCCUCAGAUGAUACCGGAAACCCAAACUCCGAACCGAGGGAUCCGAUUAUCAUCAAUCGCGACUCCCAAAAAACUCAGAGACGUCGUGUCUAUAGAAAUGGUUGGGUUCUUGCAUCCGAUCCCGAACCGGAACCAGAGCUGGAUAUUCGCAACGAGGUUUCAGGGAAAAAUAAAGACCAAACCGGCGGCUCGGUUCAUCAAUCACCAGAACAAAAUCUUGCUCCCCCUCAAGUUCCCGCCUCGAAGGACAUAUCGUCGCAGCCGUUUCUUGAAAUUGUUUCCUCCCCAUUAAGCAGCCCCACUGGCUUUUCCGCUGAUGAAACGGCUUCCAAAGCCUCUAAGCGAUCAAAAUCAAGUGUUGUUCCCAAGAAGCGCGUGCCCAAGAAAAAGGCGGCCCCAAAGCCUAAAGCUACUAAGAAACGAAAAGAAAUGAUCAUCGAGCCACCUGUCAAUGUCGAUAAUAACCCUUCACCAGUAGCUCUUGGGAAACGUCCUGCGGUGGAUUCGGUCUCCAACAAACCGAACUCGACCCUUAACUUACAAGAUAUUCAAAAUAUCCCGAUGGAGCUUGAAGCUCCCAAAGAACCCGACAAACCAAGAAGCCAGUCGCCUCCUCAACUGAAUACACGCCAAAGUCCUUGCAGAAGACCUGGGACAAGUAGCAAGGUUGUGUUAAACGAAUCUCCGGUGACUGGUGAACCGAUUACAGUGGCAAAUCAACCCACAAGCUUGAGUGACUCUCGAAAAUCCGGUCCAUCGGCAGCUGACCCUGUGCGAAACUCGACGAAAGGGAAGAUCAAGACAACAGACGGUGAAAAGAAGGCAGCUGCAAAGGUUCGGAAAGGGAUGAGCUUAGCCGAAAUCUUAGCAAUCACCAAUCCGAAAACAAAGAAGGGGAUCCGGAUCGGCCUACCAAGGGAGGAGAAGCAUCGGCUCCAUAUCAACAUCAACCCCAAUCCGCCCGUCCAAAAACAAGUCAAGAAGAAGUUGAAAGUCAAGAGGGGUGAAUACGAUAGCGGCGAAGAUGAUGCGCGUUCGAAACAUAGUGGAUCAACUGACAACAGUGAUGAUGACCAAGAUCAACAGAAUCGUAAAAAAUCAACCAGAUCGAAAAACAUCAACCUAGAUGAUCAAGAGAUUGAUGAAGAGGAAGAAGAUGCCAAGCAGAACGACGACCUUGAUGAAGAAUACUAAUGACUUUUCAUCAUUGAAUUGGAUUUACCUCUAAACACAUCCAUUGGCUGUAUUCGGCUUGCUUUGUUUUGCUUAGUUCUCCCGUUGAUACCUUCUUAUUCACUCUCCAUUAUUAAAUCCAACGUUCAACUCCGCCAAUCUGAUUUUGCUGUGUUUUUGAAAUUUUCUUAUCUUACACUUUAAAUCACUCAAUUAUGGCUGAUGAUAUUUUCCUGCCUCGUUGUUGGUCAUGAUGUAUUCAAAUAUCUGCUUGACUUGUAUUGCAUGCUCUUUUCCCUAUCUCUCUAUUUUGUAUAUGCGCGUCGAAAAGAAACCUUCGCCACUUCUCUCACAUAGAAAUUAGCAUGAACUCCUUGUGAUAUCCUUAUUGAUCAUUAUAAGAACAGCCCACGUAGCUUUCAUCCAUCUGUUGGGAAUCUUGUUGUAAUUCAACUUGGACAAUCUUUGCCAAAAAUGAAAGCCAACACUCAAUAUCCCAGCAACAGACUGGGAAACAUCACAGCUAUAUAUAAGUAGUUAACUCAAUAUACA